CCUGUUAUAAAGCUGACCCAUUGUGCUGCCUUUCAGCAUUUUCUUUAUCUCAUUUCCAGGGCAGGAACUCCCUCUCUUUCCCAUAAGGCUGUCCCUAUCCUUUUGAUGGGUUUAUACAGGAUUUCCUGCUGAGUCAAUAGCGGAGGAGUGCAGGGAGAUAGCAGUCGGGAUUCGCAGGGAGCUGUGCUCAGCCGGAGGAGCCUCAGCCCGGCGGAGGCAGAGCAGCGCUGCCUUUUGACUUAUCCUUUGGAGCCCUCCACCCAGUCCCUCCAUGUCCAUAGCCAGCAAGCACUUCUCCCAUCAUGAGUUCUGAAUUAAACGUUCCAGUGGAUCCUUCCACUCCUGCCUGCUGCUCUGAGCCUGGCACCAAGGGCAUGGAUUAUCGGGACUGGGUCCGACGGAGCUACCUGGAACUGGUCACCUCCAACCACCACUCUGUGCAAGCCCUUUCCUGGAGAAAACUGUACCUGAGCCGAGCCAAACUGAAAGCCUCCAGUAGAACCUCUGCUCUGCUCUCUGGAUUUGCAAUGGUGGCCAUGGUGGAGGUGCAGCUGGAGGUGCAGUACAAGUACCCCCAGAUGCUGCUGAUCGCCUUCAGCGCCUGCACCACGGUGCUGGUGGCCGUUCACCUCUUCGCCCUCCUCAUCAGCACCUGCAUCCUGCCCAACGUGGAGGCUGUGAGCAACAUCCACAACCUGAACUCCAUCAGUGAGUCCCCCCACGAGCGCAUGCACCCCUACAUCGAGCUGGCCUGGGGCUUCUCCACCGUCCUGGGGAUCCUCCUGUUCCUUGCUGAAGUCGUGCUCCUGUGCUGGAUAAAAUUCCUGCCAGUGGGCUCCAUCCUGAAAAACGAGACCACCAACGUGGAGAAGCCCAGCAGCCACGCAGGGUGGCAGUCAGCACUGGUGUCCACCAUCAUCAUGGUCCCUGUGGGUCUGAUUUUUGUGGUCUUCACCAUCCACUUCUACCGCUCCUUGGUGCGGCACAAAACGGAGCGGCACAACCGGGAGAUCGAGGAGCUCCACAAACUGAAAGUGCAGCUGGAUGGGCAUGACAGAGGCAUGCAGGUGGUGUGACAGAGCCUGCACACAGCUCAGCUAGGGCUGAGAGCAAAAUACCCGGUCUGCUGCUUGGUGAGACGCACCAGGGAUGGAUUUUCUUGAGGCUUAAAUCUGUAAAUGCUACUUGCCUGCCAUUUCUAGCUGUGGGUUCUUGUGCUGUUCCACAUGCUGGGGGCUCUGCCCUGGUUCUGGUCCCACACACUUGGUACUUAAGUCAACACUGCCGUGGUGUUCAAGGUCAAAACUUUAUCUACCUUAACAUUGGUAGCCAAAAAUCUGUAUUUUUUACAAAUGCAAUAUUCCAUUGCCAAAAGUGAAACUGUAUUGGCCUCUCUGUGUGUAUUUGUGUGUGUAGGACCUGUCUUACCUGUCAGAACUCCCUGGCUGUCAGUGCAGCCACAAUUAACUGGCAGCUCAUUCCUAGAGCAGAGCUGAUUAAUGUGGGUACCUGCAGCUGACUCAAGGACAUUCAGGAAAGCACAACAGAAACUGAGAAUGUUGAUCACCAUUGUUCCAAAGCAAGUAUUCCAUAAAUACAUAACCAGAAAGAAAACAGCCUUAGCUUUUAGGGGUUUUUU